AGGAAAAACGAUGAAAAAGAAGACGAAAUAUGCUUGAGUAAUGAACACGUUAGAUUUAAAUUAACAAAUGGAGCAGUUUUGCAACGUUAGAAACAUUACUUAAUUUAUUAAAUUCCUUCCAAUCGUAAAAGAAGUUGAGUGGAUCCAUGUAAUCUGGGCAUCCCCAUUUCCCAGUCAAAAAAGGAACGACUGGAGAAGAAAAAAAAAAGAGUCAAUCAAAUUUAUUCAUCGAUUGGGAAGAGGCAUUUUGUUUGUGACUGAGUGAUCCCAAAAAUGAUGGGUUGGUUGAAGCAGUUACGCACUACUUUUGGGGCUUCCUUUCUCUGGCUUGUUUGCCUUAUUUACUUCACCCAGGGUUUCAGAUCUUUUGUUUGGACAGCAGUUUCAUAUCAGUUGAAAGACAACUUGAAGUUAUCUCCAUCAGCCUCCCAAUUUAUCACUUCGAUAGCAUUCUUUCCAUGGAGCAUAAAACCUUUAUAUGGGAUAUUAUCUGAUUGUUUCCCAAUCAGAGGAAGGAAAAGAGUCCCCUACCUUACACUUGCAACUUUGCUCUCGCUGUUGCCAUGGCUAAUUUUAGGGUUAAGUGCUUUCCUGAGAAAUACGAGGAUAGAACUCAUGAUUCUUUUGACAGUGCAGAACCUGGGCUCUGCAAUGGCUGAUGUCGUAAUUGAUGCAAUGAUCGCUGAGGCGGUAAGAUUUGAGCGGGCAUCAUUUGCUGGAGAUCUUCAGUCAAUAUCAUGGCUGGCUAUGGCAUUCGGAGGAAUCUGUGGGAGUUUGCUGGGAGGAUAUGCAUUAGUCAAUUUACAGAUAGAUCGGAUAUUCCUCCUUUUCUCCGUCUUACCUGCUUUACAGCUCUUUUCGUGUGGUUUGGUUGAGGAGGGUUCUGUACAAGGUAAAGCACUCCCUGAUGGUUCUGCAUCUAAUGGUUCUGAAAUGACGAUUGGAAGUAUUGAAGAAGAAGAUAAGUUCUCUAGUGAAAAAUCGAAAAUUAGUACUUUGAGGAGAAAGAAGAGCCAGAAAAAUUCAAAAAGGGCACCAACUCCAAUAAAUAAACUUCAGGCUCCUGACAAAACCGGAUCAUCAUUGUCUCAAUGGUAUCAAUCUCUGAAAAUGGCCACCUACACAUUAUUUAGGGCUUUCCGCCAGCCAGCCAUUUUAAGACCAAUGGCUUGGUUCUUUUUGGCUCACGUGACAGUUCCAAAUCUCUCGACGGUUAUGUUCUACUAUCAGACAGAGUUCUUAAAAUUAGAUGCAUCUUUCCUUGGAACAGCACGUGUUCUUGGAUGGUUGGGCCUCAUGAUCGGGACCUUGACUUACAAUCGCUAUUUAAAAAAGAUGAGGUUGCGAUAUAUUCUCAUGUUUACUCAAGUAGGUGUGGCCCUUUUGACUGUUCUAGAUAUGGUUCUGGUUUCUCGAGCUAAUGUUUAUUUUGGUAUAUCGGACAAGUUUACAGUGCUUUUUGGGUCUGCUCUUUCUGAUGGCAUCAAUCAAUUCAAGUUCAUGCCCUUUCUCAUCUUAUCAGGACAACUUUGUCCUCCGGGCAUUGAAGGGACUUUGUUUGCAUUAUUCAUGUCGAUAAACAACUUAGGAACGACAGUGGGAUCUUUUGUUGGAGCAGGGCUGGCUUCAGUGCUAAACAUCUCUUCGGGGUCUUUCGACAAUCUCUUCUUAGGCAUUGGUAUUCAGGUCCUCUGCACUUUCAUCCCAGUAGCCUUCCUCUUUUUGAUACCAAAGGAAGCUACUGGUAUAUCAGCAUAAUUCACAAAACAUACGUGGCAGGUAACAGCUUAUACAACGAAGGAAUUUUUUUCUUAUUUAUGAUAGAUGGAUACUCGUGUUAGUCUGAGAUGUGCUUAAAUGGAGCCACAUGGUUAUUGAGGAUAUAUAUAGCUGACCAUAACUUGCUUGGGAUCAAGACGUAGUUCUUGUUGUAUGAAUACUCAUAGUCUAGUAGCUUUUUGCUACUCUCUUCUGCUUAUUUACAUCUGUAAUAUCAAACAUCAAUUUUAGGAUUAGGGAUGAAACUACAGGUUGAUUUGGGCAUCCAGAAGUUUUAUAUCAGAGUAUUAUUUUGACAGUUGGAUUUAA